AUGUCUUCCAUAGACGUGUGCUAUACUUCUACAGUUGCCCCCAAACUGAUCCGGGACUUGCUCGCUAAAACAGAAGUCAUUACUUUCGACAACUGCAUGUUGCAACUCUUCAGCCUGCACUUCUUUACGUGCAUCAAGGUCUUCAUUCUUACAGCAAUGGCCUUUAACCGAUAUGUGGCCAUCUGCAGACCUCUACACUACAUGGUCAUCAUGAGUAGGAAGAAAUACAAAUUUCUGAUCUUGGCUUCCUGGGUGGAUGGGGCCAUCCACACAUUUCCCCAAUUGUUCAUGGUUUUCCAGUUGCCCUUCUGUGGUCCCAGUGAGGUACACAACUACUUCUUUGAUAUUUGUCCCUUGCUGAAAGUCACUUGCGUGGACACCUAUCUUGUGGGCAUCCUGGGCGUGGCAAAUUCAGUGAUGGUGGCCUUGGUCACUUUCAUCAUCUUGUUGGUUUCCUAUGUCUUCAUAUUGUUUUCCCUAAGAACCCAUUCAGCGGAAGGGUGCUGCAAAGCCCUCUCCACCUGCGGGUCUCACAUUGUGGUGGUCUUCUUAUUCUUCAUGCCCUCCAUCUUCACCUACCUGUGGUCCCCCUCCAGCUACUCUGAGUAUAAGGUGCUUUCUGUCUUUUACACCAUAAAUGCUCCCAAAUUCAAACCCUUAAUUUACACGAUGAGAAAGACAGAGAUGAGAAAUUCCAUGAGAAAGGUCCGGUGUAGAAAGGUGUCUUCAGAAGGAAAUGCUUUACCGCUCAGAAAAUUAUCUUCCUCAACAAGCCCCAUUUCAAAGGGCUUAGUCAUUGAUAAAAGGGCACUUCAGCAGCAGAAAGUGUUUGCUGAGCUAGGUGCAUUUUCCAAAUUAGAUGUGACCUCUGUGGGGAGGGGUGGACAGCAGGCUCCAGAAUUGCUUCAUAGAGUCAGAACAGUGUCACCGUGGGUUGAGAAAAUUGCUGAUGAAAAGGGACGUGAAAGCGAUUCUGUAGAUAAUUCUCCAGGGUAG